GCAUCUCAAACACAAACACACAUUGCCCAGCAGCGGGAAGAGACAAGCACAAUGGCCAAAGCCAAGUCCCAACCAAAGCCUCAGCGCGAACCCACGCCCGACGUCUCCGCCUCCGAGUCGGACUACUCGUCCGACGACACGGUCGAGGAUGAGGACGGCGACGAGCUCACGCCGGCCAUGGACGCCGCUAUCCUCCGCACACUGUCCAAGAUUAGGAGGAAGGACGAGGGCGUGUACGGUACCGAGAACAUCCUCCAGACCGAGCUCGCAGCUACGCAAGCGCAGGCAACGAAGCGCGGCUUGCCGGAGAAGACGGCGCAGCGCAAGGCCGAGAGCAAGCCAUUCCUGCUCAAGGACUUCCACCGUGACAACCUGCUUGCCGGAGUCCAGCACGACAGCGAUGAGGAGGAGGGCGACUUCCCCCUGACCAACUACGAGGCGGAGCGCCGCGCGCGUGCCGAGGCCGUGUCGGCCUUCCAGGCGGUCGGCGAGUCUGACGACGACUCUGACGACGAGGGAUUCCUUCAGAAGCGCGAGAAGGACGAUGGCGAGGAGGAUGACGAGGACGAGGCGUACCGCGGCUUCCUGCUCGAGAUGGGCGGUGGCGAGUCGGAGGUGCGCCACGCCCUCGGUAUGGCCGACCAGCCCUUCACGCACAACCGCGAGGACAGCGAGGAUGAGGCCGAGGUGACGGAGAAGAAGUCAAAGAAGAAGGAGAAGGUCUCGGCGGAGGAGAAGGAGGCCAAGAAGGCGCAGCGAAGGGCAAAGAAGGCGCAGGCGGACGAGGACUUCCUCAUGGACUACAUUCUCAACCGUGGAUGGAUCGACAAAUCGGAGAAGCACGUCCCGACCUUCGACGAGAUUGUGGGCCGCGCUCGUGGCGAGGAUGAGGUCUCCGACGACGAGAGCGAAGCCGAGGAGGGCAAGAGCAAGCACCCUUGGGGUGUCUUGGACGAGGAAGAGGAGUUUGACGAGCGCGCCGACGCCUUCGAGACCGAGUACAACUUCCGCUUCGAGGAGCCCGGAUCGUCGACCAUUGUCACCCACCCUCGAAACAUUGACACUCUGGUUCGCCGAGAGGACGACACGCGAAAGACCAAGCGACAGCAGAAGGAGGAGCGCAAGGCUGCUGAGAAGGCUGCUCGUGAGGAGGAGACGCGCCGUCUCAAGGGCGAGAAGCGCCGUGAGAUGGAGAAGCUUGUCAAGAGCUUGAAACAGGAGAUUGGAGAGGCCAAUGUCGACUGGGAGGGUCUCGAGAAGAUUAUGGAGGGCGAGUGGGACGAGAGCGAGUGGGAGCGGGUCGUGGGCGCGAUGCUGCAGGCCAAGGCCGAGGCGGAGGACGACACACCAGAGGACGACGACGACAAGCCCGUAUGGGACGACGACGACCUCGGAGACUACCCUGAAGACGGCGAGUUUGAAGGCGAGGGCGAGUGGGUCGAGCCGGAGGAGUGGAACGGCGACGAGCUCGGCGACGAUGAUGACGACGGACCGAUCAACAUGGACGCCGACUUUGAGGGCGAGCCGGCCGUGAGCAAGACCAAGGCCCGCCGCGACAAGAAGAAGGGCAAGAAGGGCAAGGGCAAGGAGGAGGAGGAUGCCGCCGACGCCGAGGCCGUCGAGGGUCUCACGGUCGCCGAGAAGGCAGCAAAGGUCAAGGCGGCCAUGACCGAAUACCGCGAGCUGGACCACGAGGACGAGGUGGGCGGCAUCAAGACGCGGUUCAAGUACACCAAGUCUGCGCCUGUCUCGUACGGCCUGACGCCAGCCGAGAUUCUCAUGGCCACCGACGAGGAGCUCAACGCGCUCAUCAGCGUCAAGCACUAUGCGCCGUACCGGCGCGGCGGCCUCGGCCUCCAGGGACGCGGGUUCGGCCGCCGCCUGCGUGAUCUCAAGGACCGCGUCGGGUCGCGCAAGUGGGGCGACGACAUGCCCGCCGAGUCGAAGAAGAAGGGCAUGUUCGUGCCCGGCCGCGGGGCGAACACGAUCGCGCUCGGCGUGCGCUCCGAGCCCAAGAAGCGCGCAGGGAAGAAGGAGCGCCAGCGCAAGGCUGCCGAGGCUGCCGACGCGGGCGGAGAGCAGGCCGAGACGGCGGGCUUGCUGGCCGCUGUGGCUGGCAAGCGUAAGCGCGAGGAGCAGGAGCCACCAGUAGAGUCUGCUGGAGCGGCGGCCGCAGCAGCAGACGGCGAGGGAAAGAAGAAGCGCCGCAAGAAGAAGAAGACUGCGGCGGAGGCGUAGGUGGUGGAGUCUGAGU